UUGCGAAACAAGAAGAGCAAGAAGAGGGGCCCUCGUCUGUCAAGCAACGACGUACCGAAGAAAAACGCGAACCGAGACGGUGCGAAUGUAUUUCGGGGAAUAUUCUCGACGAGCUAAUAUUUGGUGAAUUCGGUGUAAUUCUGCGCGUCCCGCACACGGCUCCACCACAGUGCCGCGCGUCCCUGCACGCACAGUGUUUUUGUCCAGUGAAACGGUCCGGUACGCGCGACCACGUAGGCUACUGCGGGGAAAAACCUACACGUACGUUUUCAUCGUCUACGUCGCCGGAAACAAUUGCUCGCACCCAACACACUCACACGGGAGGGAGCGCCCACCGUGGAAUGUGUGUGUUUUUGGUGUCGCCACCGCCGCCGCCGUUGCCGUCUUCGCCGUGAUCGAUAUUGGUCGCUUGCAUUGCACGGGCCAAGCAGUGCCGUAGUGCCGUGUGUGUGUCCCAUAUGCUAGCCAGGCUUGCCACUCUCUAUCGCCCCGGAUAGCCGUGUUUUCCUCGAGCAACUUUGCAGCGAACAGGUCGGAGCAUAGGGAGGCAAGAGGAGGAGAGUGCCUGUACAGCUGCCGUAGGAGAGCAGAAGAAGAAGAAAAAAAAACAAGGUUGACGCAUACAAAAGUGUUGGAAAGGUGCGCUGGUGUGUGCUGGUGGCGUUCAGGUGUCAAAAGCAUAAGGGGGUGCGAAGGAAACGCGACACUAAAUACAGAGAGAGGGAGAGAGAGGGUGAGAAAUCGUGUGAUCGUCGCCAUCUGUGCUCGACACAGCCAGGGCAGGAGUUUUAGAGAAAACGGUUCCAUCAACGCCACACAGAAAAAUAGCUAUCAAAAUGAUAAAUUUAAAGGUGAAAACCCUCGACUCACAGAAUCAUGACUUUACGGUCGACGAAGAGAUCUCCGUGCGUCAGUUUAAGGAACAGAUCGCGGACAAGAUCAGCGUGUCGGUGGAGCUGCAGCGGCUCAUCUACUGCGGGCGCGUACUGUCCGACGAUGUGCCGCUGAAGAACUACGAUCUAAACGGCAAGGUGGUGCAUCUGGUGCAGCGCCCGCCACCGUCGGCCCGCGGCACCAGCCUGAGCACGUCGGAGUCGGGCGGCCGGGAUGAGGGUGCGCGUGCUUCGCGCCGCUCGCGAAGCAGCGACAACGCCUCCCGCACCAUCUUUCCCAGCCUGGACGAGCUGAACACAAUGUACUUCGGUUCGAUGACGUCGAUUCCACUGAACAUGACCUCGACGAACGUUACCCAGAUCCCGUCGGUCGGUUCGUCGUCGACGCUGUGCAACAAUCGCAUCACCGUCGCCCGCCACAUGCUCGACUGUGCGGACAGCAUACUGAGCUAUCUGGAGAAUCCGGCCCGCGGGCUGAACUACAGCGCGAUGGACUACCUGUCGCAGCAGACGAUGGAAUCGACCGUGUUCGAGGUGGGCAUCUCGGCCGUCGGUGACGUGGACAUCCCGCACAACCAGGUGCAGAGCUUCGUGAACGCGUUCCAGGGCGCGGUCAGCGCGGCGCUGCGCCAGAACGGCAUGUCGAACGUGACGGUCCAGCAGCCGGACGGGCUGAACGGCUCGGUGCAGGUGUUCGGCACCGUGCCCGACUUUGCCGUGCUGACGCCGCCGAACACGAGCGCCACGGCCACGCCCGCCCACGAAGGUUCGGGUACGAGCUCGUCCGGUGGCGGAGGCGGCGGUAGCAGCAGCAGUAGCAUCAGCAGCAUCAGCAGCGGCGGCGGCGGCAGUUCGAGCAGCAGCUCGUCCUCGUCCUCCAGCUCGUCGGAAACGAGCGCCGAGAGCCGGCGCCAGGCCCGGUCGGGGCUGAACGCGCAGACGACGAGCACGCAGACGCUCGGCGAGGUGGUGCAGCAGAUGCGCUCGGUCCAGCGGCGCAUGGAACCGUUCCUGCAGCAGUACUACGACAUCCUGCAGGACGAUCCCGCGUUCGACGAGUCGGACACGGUCGGGCGGGAGAACGCGCAGCGCGUGUUCGAUCGCGUGUCGGAAGCGAUGCACUACAUCUCGCACGCCCAGCACGCGAUCAGCGACCUGAUGCUGGACCUGCAGAUGACCACGCCGCGCCACCUCUGCUGCCGGCCGAUACUGGUCGAGCAGAACGCGUACGUCAGCUCCGGGAUGGCCGCAAUGCCGCAGAACAUCAAUCUGGCCAACUUGCUGCGCAAUCACAUCAACGUGAAUAACAACAACAAUAACAACAACAACCCGGAAGUGGGCAACAACAAUAUACACGCGCAGCUGAUCAACCUGGGCAUCACAGCGCAGCCGACCUUCUUCGCUGCGGCCGGCGGUGGAACGGCUCCCGGUGCGACGGCUGGAGCCACUGCGACGGCGAACAACACGAUGCGCCCGCCGUCGUCGGCCCCAUCCGGUGGCGGCACCACGGCCGCACCGUCGACGACCGCGCCCAACGGAGCGGCAGCGGCGGCGGCAAACAACACCACGGCUCAGCCGCGGCCACCGAACCUAGGUCAGUCCCAAAGUAGACCACCAAUGGCAGCCGUUGGUGGUGGUGUUAGUGGUGUUGGUGGUGGUGGUGGCGGAGGUGUGCGAGGUAGCGACAACAUGGUCACCUCCGUGUUCAUCCCGCUGUACGAUCUCAACAGCGUCCGGCGGCUAGAGCAUGUUCUCCAGGCGCAACCAGUACCGGUCGCAGGUUGGCGCGACAAUCCGGUCAUCAUUAUGCGGGAGCUGCUGCACCCAAGGGCACCACGGACGGCCUCUGCCGAUGGUCGCCUGCAACCGCCAUCUGCAACGGCAGGCAGCAACACCCGCAAUCGACCGACGGCCACAGCUACUACUACUAACUCGGGCACAAACAACAACAACAGUGCCGGUGGAGCGCCGAACAAUGCUGCAGCCGGAACUCCGAACAACGCGACCCAGAACGCCCAGAUCCAGAUGGCGCGUCUCAUACAGGCGGUCGUCAAUGCUGCCCCCAUUCACACCGACAUACACGUGCAGAUCAAUACGGCCGGUGGUGGUGCCGGUGGUAACACUGGCAGCGGAACCGCUACGGCUCCGCCUCCCACAAACAACACUGGCAGUCGGGGUGGUAGUACGGCCGGUGCGACCGCCGCCGCCGCCGCCACCUCCACGACGGCACAAACCACAAAUACGGGCAGCAGCGGCAGCACGGCCGGCGGCACAACCAACGCAUCGACGGCCACCGGCGGCGGCAACGGUCGUGGUGGGCCGGGCGGUGGAGGUGAGAAUGUGGUCCACGUGUAUCCACGCUUCGCCACCGUGACGCUGCCGACGACGUCCACGCAGACGCGAUCUACCUCCCGCCCGCACGUGCACAGCAUUCCGCCGUCCCAUCUGGGCGGUGCCGGACAAAUUCGCAACCUGCGACCGAUGGCGGCCAGCAUACUGAACACUUUCGAUCGGUUUUUGCCGUGCAACAGUCACCACAUUCGUGACAAUACCGGAUCGAACGGGGAUCGUUCGAGCGAGGGUACACCGAACCGUACCGGUUCCGGCGAGACGACGGCAAACACACCGAACGCGGCGCCACCGUCCACCGAAGGAGGAUCGGACACUGUUCCGAUGCAGGAUGAUGUCCGUACGGCAGCUGCAGCGACCCGGGUGAACAUGUUCGGUACGCAACUGACGAUGGGCGAUCUGCAGAAUCUUGUACCGAACCCGAACACGCUGAACCGCAUACGGGAACCGCUCCGUUCGUACGUGAACCGAGCGCUGUUUACGCCCGAUCGUGAGGUAGACGAGCAAACUGUGCGUGAGGCCGGUGAAAGAAUCAUCAACAACGUGAUGCCCAUGCUGGUGCCGGUGGUGGACAUCGAAAGCCCCGAGUUCGAUACGCGUGCUUCGCUGGCCAACCUGAUGCGCAGCACGUUCCCGUCGUUCAUCAAUCUGGUGCGGGAGGACAGCUCGUCCCAGUUUGGGGUGCGGUUGAUGCGCCUGCUGCUCACGUUCCUGCGCCGCUCGUUCAUGAUACUGAUCCGUGGGGUGGGCCGGGAGCGGUCGCUGAUGGCCGUCUCGACGCUGGUCGCGUUUGCGCUUCGCCUCCACAACGUGCCGGAACCGGAGCGGCUCGUGCGGCUGCUGAUUAGGCCCACGCUGGAGAACAACUUUGCCGCCGCCGCCCGGCACGACAUGUUUGACAUUCAGCAGUUUCUAGUCAUCCGACAGCCGGCGCCAGAAUCGGCCGCAGCCACGGGAGCAGCAGCAACAGGAGCAGCAGCAGCAGCAGCAGCAGCACCAGGCACAGCAACCACAGCCGAUGGUUCCGAAAGCCUUUCGUCGUCUAGCAUGUCUUCCAGCACUGGCACCUCCAGUGGCCAGCGGGAAGCUAGUCCCAUGGAUGUCGAUGAGGCGGAAACCAUGUCCACGCCGGAGCUGGUGUCGGAUAUUGCCGAAAUAUCCAUCUCCAUCGAACCGCCGGCCAUGAGCGUCGAUCCCGCCGACUCGGUGCCGACCAGCAGUUCGCCGGACGCUGGCCCAGCUGCGAGUAACGACGGCGAACUGUCUGUCACUGGUGACCGAACGGCACAACCGGCAGAAGCACCAGCACAGGAAGUGCCGAUCGUGACGUGCUCGCUGACGGGAACGGAUCUAGAUUUCGCCAAUCGGCCCGUACCGCCACCCCGACCGCCCGGCGACGAUGAGGAGCUGCCGACCGUCGAGUACGAUGCCGAAUCCUGGCAUCGCCAUUUCCCGUCCAACUGGUUGCCGAUCAUUACGCGCGAUCUGGGCAGACAGCGGCGACAGAGUCCUCAGGCUCCGUUUUCCGACGCAUACAUUUCGGGACUGUCUUCAAAGCGCCGAAAGCUGCUGUCCGAAACGAAGCCAGCGAGCGACGUCCAUUCGCUCAUAUCGGACGGCGUACGGCGCGCGUUCCUGGGCACGGGAAUCGCUCCUUCCAGUGCGGUGAUCGGUGCGAGCACCACCGCCGCAGCAGCAACAUCCUCGGGCGCAUCCGGUGGCAGCGGUACCGUCGGUGCCAGCACUAGUGCUGCCGGUGGUACUACCGGUGGUGGUGGUGGUGGUGGGAGCAGCGCCGCACCCACCCGGUUCCGCACACUGGACGAGCUGGCCAACAACAUUGCCAACGAUGGCGCCCUGCAGAUGUCGUACUGCGAAGCGAUGAAGGCGAGCAUACGCGACCGGCUGGCGAAGGACACCGACUACGAUGCCAUGCGGUUCCCCAACUGUUCCAAGUACUUUGAAAAGUAGUAAUACACACACACACACACACCGACUGGAACACGUGUCGACGUAGAGCGAGGGAAUGAAUGGAUGCCGGCUGGAAGUGAUGGGACAUCAACAUGUUUUAUUUGAAUUUAAUUUAGUUACGGCUUUUUCGACGCCCUGGUGGGGGAGCUUAUUUGUUGUGCGCCAACGGCUGUUCACGCGAAGGGGAUUUGCGCCACCGUUUGCGCGUCGUCCUUAGAAGUCCAUAAUUUAAAGAAAAGCAUGCUUUGGACGAACGACGGUUGCUACUAAACGCGAAAAAAGGGCGUUUGUGUGACGCGGGCUGCUCCGUUACGAACGUAGUGUUGUGCACCACUACUCCUCCCGCACGCGCACUAAUACGGAACUUAUCUAGCUAACACAAAAUGGAUUCAGAUUAGAAGAAGAAGAAAAAAAGAGACAGCGAUUUGGGGUGGGAUGUAAUGUGUAGGAUUUAAAAGACACAAGGGACACGAGAAGCGAACCGGACCCGGACCGCCGCGAACAGCUUUAAGCAAGAUGUGGUGUGGUGGUGGGUGUAGCCAGUGGAAAACGCUCACCCGACCAUUCGGCCGCAGUCGUCGCAUCGUUCCAUCGUUCGUUUUCAUCAUUGGGGAAAAAAACAAUCUUUGUACAGUUUUGCGAUAAGGGAAGGGAUGGGAUAAAGGAAAAUAGAAUUGAUACCCGGAGAGAAGAAAUCAGCCCACUCCAGCCCACCACCAACCAGAGUUAAUUAUGUGAUUUUAUGCCAACCCUCCCCCGCACACACACACACAUUUAGGAAUGUAAAUUCGCAAAAGAGCCAGCAGAGCAUUCAACGAUUCCUUGCAAGAAACUGAGGUAGAGAUGGGGACGGGGGAUCGUUUUCAAUCUUCUAAUACAACUGGCCUUUUCCCCCAGCGGGGAAACGCAUUCUUCGUUCCUUGCAUUACACAGCAAACAACAACAACAGCUUCUUUUUGUCUCCUUUUCAAUUUUUGUUUGUUUGUUCCCUUUCGUUUUGUCCGCUGUGGUUUCAGCUUGCCGUUUCCUGAGUUUCUUUUGUUCGUUUGUUUGUGUUUAGUGUUUUGUACUUGUUCUCCCUCCUCUCCCCCCCCCCCCCCCCCCCCUGACCGCGUGUGCAAUGUGUAGGGUGUGUUUACUUUUUUCUUCUUUCUGCUAGGGUUCCGUGCAGCAAACGGAAGUUACGGUGUGAAACGGUUUGGGACGGGAAAGAAUUGGAAUUGGACAACAACACAAAAAAAAAACAGAAGAAACAUACACUUUAUAACCUACUCAAAAUCUAAUAGGAAGUUAUAACAAAUAAAUAAAGCCUAGAGGAAAAGAUAGCGCAAA